AUGGAGCGUGCUGCCGAUGCACGCAGAGCCAUUUAUGAACUAUGGAGCCGCACUGCAGCGGCAGAGGAGCAUGUGCAGUCCUCGCCGGACUCCACGUUAACUAGCGAGGAGGCCGCAACAGAGGCCAAAGCGGCAGAGGAGCGGUGCGCAGCGGUGGCGGAGCUCUUAGACAAGUACAAGCUCGACCCGGCAACACCUCGCGAGGAGGACAUCAGCCGCGGGCUGGGUGACGCGCUUGACCGCCUACUGCUUCUUUGUGUGCCGCUGUCGUCAAGGCACGGCGCGGACCUUUUGGUGAGACUUAUGCAGGUCGCUGCCCAGCAGGGCCGCCAGUUCUCGAUGCGCACCAUUCAGCAUCUCUUUGCGCGCACGAGCAGCUACGCCGAGGCUCUCGCAGUCUUUUACGCGAUGCGGCGCAGCAACUUUGCGAUGAGCAUUGAGGCGUAUCAUGCGAUGCUUUACUCCCUGCAGCGUCUCGAGGAGGAGGGAUGGGCGGCACGCUUCCGCGAAGAAUUCGCCGCCUCCAAGGGGGAGGUUAUCUCCGAGCAGGCGCUCGACUUCGUCCUGCGUGGCGUCGACAACCAGUUGAUGCCGGAGAACAAGCCGUGGCUGGGCCGCAUCAUGUUUGCAGAGGUAAAGGAUAACAAGGCUGCGCAGCGGCAGUCGAUGGCAUCUUUUGAUGAGAUGGGAGAACUGUGGGUGCAGCGCUACAAGAACGGUGGGACCGCCCCUGAGUAG